AGGGGGCGGUGCUUUGCGGGUUGUCACAUAAACUGACAUGGCUGCCACCUUGGUGCUAUUGAGGGACAGGAGCUGCCUGGGCCUCCCUGCUCUGCUACGGCUUCAGAAAUGGAGUUGCAGUUCCAGAUCACAACAAUAUGCUUCAGAAGCAGGAAGAAAAAAGGUUGAGAAAGUUCUUAUUGCAAACCGAGGAGAAAUUGCUUGCAGAGUGAUGCGUACAGCAAAGAAAAUGGGUGUGCAGUCAGUGGCUGUUUAUAGCGAAGCAGACAAGAACUCCAUGCAUGUCUCAUUGGCGGAUGAAGCAUAUUUGAUUGGUCCAGCGGCUUCUCAGCAAAGUUACCUUUCCAUGGACAAGAUAUUACAAGUAGCUAGAAUAUCAGGUGCUCAGGCUAUUCAUCCAGGUUAUGGGUUCCUAUCAGAAAAUACAGAAUUUGCAGAACUGUGCAAGAAAGAGCAGAUUAUCUUUAUUGGACCUCCAUCAUCCGCUAUCCGAGAUAUGGGGAUUAAGAGCACCUCAAAGGCAAUAAUGUCUGCAGCAGGGGUCCCUAUCAUUGAGGGCUACCAUGGUGAUGACCAGUCAGAUCAACACCUCAAGGAACAAGCUAGGAAAAUAGGUUUUCCUGUUAUGAUUAAAGCGGUUCGUGGAGGAGGUGGUAAGGGGAUGAGAAUUGCUCUGUCUGAAGAAGAAUUUUUGGAACAGUUAGAAUCUGCCAGAAGAGAAGCAAAAAAGUCAUUUAAUGAUGAUGUUAUGCUGAUUGAAAAAUUUGUAGACAAUCCAAGGCAUGUUGAAGUCCAGGUAUUUGGUGAUCAACAUGGCAAUGCAGUGUAUUUGUUUGAAAGAGACUGCAGUGUUCAAAGAAGACACCAAAAAAUCAUCGAGGAAGCUCCAGGGCCCGAUAGUCCUGAAGUUAGAAAGAAAUUGGGAGAGGCUGCAGUCAGAGCUGCAAAAGCUGUGAAUUAUGUUGGGGCUGGAACUGUGGAAUUCAUUAUGGAUUCUGAGCACAAUUUCUACUUCAUGGAAAUGAACACACGUCUCCAGGUGGAGCACCCAGUCACUGAGAUGAUUACAGGAACUGAUCUGGUAGAAUGGCAACUUCGUGUUGCUGCUGGGGAGAAGAUUCCUUUGACUCAGGAUGAGAUUACUUUACGUGGUCAUGCGUUUGAAGCCAGAAUCUACGCUGAAGAUCCUAAUAAUAACUUCAUGCCUGGGGCAGGGCCUCUGCUGCAUCUUUCCACACCACCAGCUGACAUAUUUACCCGCAUUGAAACAGGAGUCAGGCAAGGUGAUGAAGUCUCUGUACACUAUGACCCCAUGAUUGCUAAACUGGUUGUGUGGGCAGAGGAUCGACAGGCAGCCCUGAUGAAGUUAAAGUAUUGUCUACAUCAAUACAAUAUUGUAGGACUGAGCACAAACAUUGAUUUCCUCUUAAGCCUGUCUGGGCACCCAGCCUUUGAAGCAGGAGAUGUACACACUAAUUUCAUUCCUCAGCACUAUAAAGAACUCUUCCCACCCAAGAAAAGAACCUCCAAUGAGUUGAUUUGUCAAGCUGUACUGGGCCUUAUUCUGAAAGAGAAGGUCUUAACUGAGGAGUUUAACAUUCACUCAACUGACAUGUUUUCUCCGUUUGCAUCCAGUAAUGGACGAAGACUAAAUAUUUCCUUCACCAGAAAUCUCACUUUAGUUGAUGGAGAGAAUAAUGUGAAUAUGAAGAUAAAUUAUAACCAUGACGGAUCGUAUGAUAUGCAGAUUGAAGAUAAAGUGAUGAAUGUAUCUGGAGAACUUGUAACUGAGGGGGUUAUUACUUAUGUGAGAUGUUCAGUGAACGGCACUGUCUUCAAAUCCAAGCUGGUUAUCAUAGAUAACAAUAUUCACCUUUUCUCUAUGGAUGGAAGCACACAGCUUAGAAUCCCCAUACCCAAAUUUUUGUCCGAAGUCAGCACCACAGGAACGCAAGGAGGCGCCAUAGCACCAAUGACUGGAACUAUAGAAAAGGUGUUUGUAAAAGUAGGUGAUAAAGUUGAAGCUGGAGAUCCACUUAUGGUUAUGAUUGCUAUGAAAAUGGAGCACACAAUACGCGCCCCCAAGGCUGGUACCAUAAAAAAAGUUUACUUUAAAGAAGGUGUUCAAGCUAAUCGACAUGCUCCACUUGUUGAAUUGGAGGAUGAAGAAACCAAUUCUGAGUAAUUUCUAUGAAAUAAACUGAUUUUUCUUGUGUUAUUACAAGAACAGAUAUAUAUAUAUAUAAUGUCCAUGUGUUUGUAAAAAUCAUUUUAUACAUAUUAGUGAUUCAUUCAAGUUGCUUUGUAAAAUGGCAUGGGUUUUAAAACAUGAGCAAUUAAAUAUUAUUGGUGAAACUAACAA